AUUGGAACGGCCAUGGCAGCGAGCUACGACGACUUGGGCGCUUUCGAGGUGAAACUUAAGCACUGCCAGCACAGCAGGAAGCAGGCAGAGGAUGAGUUAAGUCAGCUGUUGGAACAAGCACUGCACAAGCUGCGGGGUCAGGAGAUUGAAGUUAUGGUAUUGCAUGAAACGUUGAGUUCCCUGCGUGCAGUAAAUCUUGAGUUGGUCACCCGGAUGAAGGGGUUUGAACCUAUGGAAGCUAGACUGAGAGAGCAUGAGCAACUGGUGAGUAGGCUUAGCGAGUAUGAGGUUAUGCUGGGAGAGUAUAUGAGUAAACUUAGGGAGUAUGAGAAUUUAGCGAGCAGGGUUAGAGACUAUGAGCAAUUGGAGAGUAGGGUUAGAGAGUAUGAGGGUAGGGUUAAAGUGUAUGAGAUAGAAAAUGAGAAAUUGGAGAGCAGGAUUAGAGAUUAUGAGCAGUUGGAGAGUAGGGUUAAAGAGUAUGAAAGAGAGAACGAGAUGUUGGGGAGUAAGGUUAGAGAUUGUGAGCAGCUGGAAAGCAGGGUUAGGGAGUACGAGAGAAUGGAGAGUAAAUUCAGAGGGAAUGGGAAACUGGAUAGUAUUGCAAGUGAGCAUGAAAAGCUGGAGAAUAGGGUUAAAGAGUAUGAGAAACUGGAUGGUAGGGUUAGAAAGUAUGAGAUGCUGGAGGCAAAGGCGAAGGAAGCAGAUAAUCUAAGAUCGACAGUGCGAGGUUUGAAGGAGGACAUUGAGAAUUUGGUAGCGAGAGCAAGCGAAGUAAGACACCUGGAAGCAAGGGUGAAAUGCCUCGAGUGGUUUGAGCAGGAAGCACUAGAGUCACAGGUUAUGGUGGCAAGACUCCGGCAGGAGAUCGUGUCUCUGGAAAAAAAGGUUCAAGAAGCUGGGCUGCGGGAAAAUCUGGUGCAGGAUUUGAGGACAGAGCUGGAUCGGAUGACGCAGCAGCGCAACGGGUUGCGGCAGCAGCUGAGAAAUGCGCAGGAGCACAGGGGGAAGCUGCGCCUACAACUGAUGGAAGCCCGCGAUAUUUCUCUGCAG